UUUUUGUACUGAACUUUAACUUUAUGUUGGUAAGUUAUUUUUGUAUCAAGGUAAGUUCAUGUUUGUAAUUAUAACUUAAAGGAGUAUUUAAUAUCUAAUCUUCUGUUUAAUAUUUAAUAUGGUAGGUGUUGUUAGAGUGCAGAAUGGAUAUAGAGUUACAAAAAUUUUGUUGAAUGCUGAUAUACCCGAAGUUCAUGAAUUCAAGGAGAGGUAUCUAUCAUUCACCUAAUUGGUAGCUCACCAUUCUUAAUUGAUUGAUGCCCAGCCAUUUGUAAUUGACUCAUGUGUAACCUUAUUUUUUUAAAAAAAGGCUUACUCACUCCAGCUUAUGCACUAAAAUUAUUGUCAAUACUUCACAACAAACAAGUUGUACCGUUAAUGAUGAGCUCGAGGCUGGAGUUACUGUGACAACCAUAAAAGAGCUUUGUGAAAAUUCAGAGGUUAGAAAACUGAACUCUAUUUAAUUACAUACAGUCUUUUAUUAUGCAUAUUUUGUUAUAAUUAAAUCCUAUGUGUGAUUUGAUUAGGGUGGAAGCUUUUGGAUAUGUGGAACUGUGGUGAAUAUUGAUGGAGCGGGAGAUUGGUUUUACAUAUCAUGCAAAAAGUGUUCGAAAAAAAUUGAGAAGUUAGAACACCGAUUCUAUUGUAAGAAUUGCAGCAACUUUAGCGAGUCUGGGGAGAUGAAGUAUAAGAUUAUAAUAAAUGUUGCGGAUGAGUCUAGCAGUUCACCAUUUGUGUUAUGGGAUAGGGAGUGUAAAAAUGUGAUAGGAAAACCAGCUGCUGAAGUUAAAGUUCAGACGACGACAGAGGAGUCUGAGGUUCCAAAUGAGAUUCGAGACGCUUUACUACAAAAGAAAUACAUGUUCAAGAUUAAGGUCCCUCUUGGUGAAGGGUGGAGAUAUAAUAAAGCCUAUAGUGUCUCAACUCUAGCAACAGACCCUAAUGUUGUUGCUACAUACUCUGCUAAGUGCUCGGACAGCCAUCAAUCUAAUUCAGUUUCCAUGCUUGAGAGUUCAAAUGAGGUUAUGGAUACAAUUGGAGAACAAACACCUGUUGCUGCUCAGUCAAGGCUUGGAGAUGAGAGUGAAUGGAUUGAUGACGGAGUAACUAAAAGAAGUCUAAUGGAUGAAUUUUCUUCCACUAAACCAGCAAAGAAAGCUAAAAUUGAAAUCAAGCAAGAGAAAGACUAGAUGUUGCAGCAAUUAGUCUCUUUUUUUUUUGUCUAAGGCUGUCACUCUUUGAUAUUCGGGCAAAUAUCCUAAAUACAGCCUGUUUUUUGUACUUGAACUCAU